AUGACAAUAAUUCAAUUAGUGUUGGAACAAUUAAAUCAGAAUAUUCAGAUUUCAACCGGACAACACCGUAGUAGUAAUUCGAGCAUUCGAGUUUUAAACUAUUCAACUUCUAAAUCUAGAAUUCCAAGUUUCGAGUUUUCCGCUUAUCAACUCGCACGUGACAGCAGCGAUCAAGGUCAAUCACAUCACGAAGAACAAACACAACAGGCCCAAUCGACGGAUAAUAUCGAUCAAGAGUUCAAGCAACGUCUGGAUCAGAUGAAUCAAGAGCUCGAGCACCGUUUCAAUAAAAUUCAGGAAAUCCAUGUUUCGGAUUCGGGACCGUCGGAAUCUAAUGCGAUUCCGUCACCAGGAUUUCAUGGGAUCCGUCGAAUUCCUGUAGGAUCAGAAGGAAAACUAGCUGCUCUUAUCAGCCUUUUAUCUGUUGAUGAUCGUGGCUGCAAGCAAGAUGAGUCAAACAAAAAUCUUCGACGAAGCCAGGAACGUUCACCGUCAGCUGACCAUGCAACGACUUAA